AUGGCGGAACCAGCCACAGGGAAGUCAGCAGUCCUGCUUCUGUGCUGCGGGGACGCCCACAGCCUGGGUAUAAGGGCCGCCAGGGAAGGAGCCUACAGACAUCACCGCCUCCACUCCCACACCAGCCAGCCCCACGACGACAUGGGCCACACCAGCUGCUCCACAGCCUGCCAGGCUGGCUGCUGCUCGCCCAGCCCCUGCCAGUCCUCCGUGUGCCAGCCCGUGAGCUGCAAACCCACUGUGUGCGUGCCUGUGAGCUGCCAGACGUCCUGCACCCUGCCCGUGAGCUGCAAACCCACUGUGUGCACAGCCCCCACCUGCAAGUCCUCUGUGUGCCUGCCCACAAGCUGCAAACCCACUGUGUGCACAGCCCCCACCUGCCAGCCCUCCGUGUGCCUGCCCACGAGCUGCAAGCCCACUGUGUGCACAGCCCCCACCUGCCAGCCCUCUGUGUGCCUGCCCACGAGCUGCAAACCCACUGUGUGCACAGCCCCCACCUGCAAGUCCUCUGUGUGCCUGCCCACGAGCUGCAAACCCACUGUGUGCACAGCCCCCACCUGCCAGCCCUCCGUGUGCCUGCCCACGAGCUGCAAACCCACUGUGUGCACAGCCCCCACCUGCAAGUCCUCCGUGUCCCUGCCCCUGAGCUGCAAACCCAUGGUGUGCACAGCCCCCACCUGCCAGCCCUCUGUGUGCCUGCCCCUGAGCUGCAAACCCGCCCCGGUGGUGUAUGUGGCCUCCUCCUGCCCGUCCUCGGGGUUCCAGCCCUCCUGCCCCACCCCGGUCUGCAGACCCAUGUCCUGCGGCACCCCUUCCUGCUGCUGA